GAAGCUCAUUGCCUUUUACAUUCACCCCAUUUUCAUCCGAGCUCCUCCACUCUACACACAUCUCAAACAAAACAUCUCAGGAUGAGGGUCAGCGUGGUUCUGCUUUUGCUCUGCUUGUCUUCUGUUCAUCUCUAUAGAGCUGUUGACCAGCUGGUUGUGGGGGACGAUCAGACUGAGUUCACCCAAAGCCAGAUUGAAGAGCUGAAGAAACAAUACGCAGGGCUGGAGGGGAGUGUGGACUCUACUGAACUGAGUGCUGAAGAACCAGGUGAGGAGCAUUCAAUAAGACGAAAGGUGGCGUUCUCAUAUGCUUCAGGCCUAAAAGGAAGUCUUGGGCCUUGCAACAAGGAGGUUAUAGUGCCUUUCCACAAAAAAAUCACAGAUGUGGGAAACGCAUUCAAUCCAAUGACAGGUGUUUUCACUGCUCCACUCAGAGGCGUCUAUUACUUCAGGUUUAAUUUAUAUGGUUCCAGUUAUUUUUACAGCCUGGCUGCAUGUUUGUACAAAAAUCAUGAGAAAAUCUUAGACGUGACCAAGUCCCCAAGAGGAUGGUAUAAGUAUGUUGUUGGUGGAGCCACUCUGCUGCUGCGGAAAGGAGAUCAUGUCUAUGUUAAGCUCAAAAGAAAAAGUCAGAUUCACGACGACAAUGAAAACCAUUGCACUUUCAGUGGUUUUCUGCUGUUUCCUAUGUGAAGUGCUUUUAAUGGUGAGGACAAAUUCUGCAUUCGAAGUUCUAAGACUUCAUUUCACAAUAUACGGCCUUUGGCUUCUGUAGCUGAUACGUUUCAGAGUGCAUAUAAAAUGUGACCUGCAUUUUUAAAAUGUGGGACAGAUUAUUAAACAAUAAAUAACAUUAAGUGCCAGAAAUCAUUGAACCGGGUAAAAACAGCCACUAUAAGUAGAUCAGAAUACAGAACAAUUAUGUAGCUUGAUGCUUUCUUCUUUACUCGAAAUAUAUUACGACUUUCUCUGCUUUAAGUUCCUCACCAUUCCUUGCCAUUUCUAGCAUCACAAAAAUGUGGUAAAAAUGCUUUAUGUCCAUAAAGUAUCAUUUUGUACUGCA